AGGAGCGCGGCCGCGCCCACUUCGGGCGCUGGUGCAACGGCACGCUGCCGGCGCAGGAGGGCCGCAGGGGCGCCCUGCAGAGGCUGCUGGGGCAGGCCCAGGUCUCCAGCACCGACGGCCUGCGCCAGCUCGAGCAGGAGAAGGCCGCGCUGGGCGACUCCCUCGAGCGGCUGCGCGUCGCGGCCGAGGCAGCGCAGAGCGCGCAGCACGAGCAGCUGGCCACGGCCUUGCUUGACCAGGAGGACUCCUCGGCGGACGUGCGCGCGCUGCAGCGGGCGGCGGCCCGCCUUUCAAAGGAACGGAGCCCCGCGAAUGCCGGCCCCGUGAAGGUGCUGAAGCAGCUGGAGGCCGAGGCCGAGGGCAGCGAGAGGAGGCACGCGAAGCAGGCGCAGCUGCUGCAGACAUCGGCCUCUGGCGGCGCGUCGGCGCGCGAGGUCUCGCGCCUCGAGGGCGAGUACCGCGGCAAGACGGCCAGGAUCGAGGAGGUGCAGCACCUCUUCUACACCACGCAGAGGAGCCUCGCUAUCCUCACGAACGCCAUCGAGGACGAGUCUGCGUACCUCGCCGACGUGCAGAGCGUCUGCGACGUGGAGCGGGUCGUCUACCAGAGGAUCCAGGGCACGGCGGUGCCGGCGCUGCGGGGGGCGCUCGCGGGGCUCGCGUCGGGGACGUCGACGCCCAG